UCAAAAUAUUUUCCAAGUUUUUAAUUAAUAUCUCAAAAAUGCUUUAAUAUAGAUAUAUCCAUGAAAUUUGGUAUGUGCCGAAGCGUUAGUACGUGCUAUUGCUGUUCUACAACAUUAAUUGUUGGGAAGUAACAAGGCUACACGUUACAAGGUUGAAAAUAAACACAUACUAAUCUAGCUAUCUAACUAAUCUACGCAAGUUCGUACUCGCCUAACCUUGGCACAAGGGUGGGAGCAGUCUGCAGUGUUGCCAGAUGUCUGAUAAUUAUCUGAUUCUUUAAUAAAACAUAUCUCCAAAAAACUUUUUAUUUUUGUAUCUGUACAUUAAAUCUUGAUUUCAUCUGAAGUGAGAAUAACUGUGACAUAUUAUGUAAAGUGGUAAAGUAAAUGUUAAUAUCAAUUGUUAUACAGUCUGAAACUUUUGGCACCUUUAGGACUUUCUUGCUAAAAUAUCAUUCAUUUUGGACUGAAAAUGAAAAAAAAAAACCUGGAGCGGUGGAGCAGUCAAGAUUUUCUAUGCUCCGGCUCCGCUCUAGCUCCAGGCAAAAACCUGCAGCUCCACUGCUCUGCGCUCCAGCUCCAGGCUCUGCUCCAAAGCCCUGGGUCCUGCUUUGGGCAGGAGGCUGUACUCGAUGACUCCAGAGGUCUCUUCCAGUCCUAUGAUUCUAUGAAUUCACUGGGCUGUGAGUGCCAAUAGGCGUCCUACAUUUCACAAGCUUCUUCCAACUAAACACACUUGGCAUUGAGUUUAAAAUGCUCAAGCCACCAGCAGGCAUAGGGUUUGGCUGCCUCCAAAACUGCUUUGCAAACAACUAGCUGUUUGUGCAGUGUACACACACUUGCUUGUGUUGUUUGUUUGUAGCCUAUCUCGUGCAGCAGGUAGGAGCAAGGUGAUUUUACACAACGUAGCAUCUGCAAACUUUAAGGAGGCAUCAACUUAAAAUCACUAGUAGCAUUACAAGUAGCAGCACAAAAGGACUAUAAUAGAACAAAAUUAGAGAACAAUUAUAGGUUCUUUUCUUUGUUUAUUUGCAUGGUGCAUUUGACAUCCCUUUGUGUAGGCAUUUUCACUAUUUCCCCAAGGUGUAUCCGUUUCCCCUCUUUGCCUGGGUCUUUCACACAGCAACAGAGGAGAGAAACGUAACACAAAUUAGGAGAGUGUGGUCAUAGAAACCAGCAAGCAAACUAAAGGACAGGUGUAACAGCUGAAGCUAGUCUGAACUCUCACUUCACAAAUGGAGUCAUUUGCAAGCUGUCAGGCUCCCUUAAACCUCAUGUCAAGGAGUUUAUAAUUCUAAUACAGAUGUCGAAAGACCUCAUUUCUCACAUCAGGACAGCGACAUGUUGGACCAAAGAUCACAUGGUGCAGAGGGGUUUGUGGCAUGUGAAUGGGUCUUGUGCUGGGUCUCUGUAUCUGACUUUGCCACUUGGAAAUGUGGCUCUAGCUCCAUUUUCCGUCUUGCCCCCUUGCAAACAGGCCCAGGAAUGGGAUGCCCAGCGCCUGAUGUCAUUACAAACCCCCGCUGUCCUGGAACGAACAUCUGUGCAAACAGCAGAGAUUUCUAUGUGGACCCUCGUGGCUGCCAUCCAAGCAGUGGAGAGAAAGGUGGAUUCGUUUGCCUCACGGUUGCUGAGUCUGGAGGGGAGAAUAGGGACAGACGAGAAGAAAAUACUUGAGUGCGAGAAAAUAGAGUUGGAGUUUGGGAACCAGCUGGAGAGUAAGUGGACAGUGCUGGGGACGCUAAUCCAGGAGUACGGGCUGUUACAGCGGCGGCUGGAGAACAUGGAGAACCUGCUGAAGAACAGGAACUUCUGGAUCCUUAGACUCCCCCCUGGUGUUAAUGGAGAAGCCCCCAAGGUGCCAGUGAUGUUUGAGGACGGCGCGGUCUUCUCCCAGGACGAGUGGGAGAACUUAGAAGACUGGCAGAAGGAGCUGUACAAGAAUGUGAUGAAGGGGAAUUAUGAAUAUAUGAUCUCACUGGACUAUGCAAUUUCCAAGCCUGACAUCCUGUCCCGGAUUGAGCGAGGAGAAGAGCCGUGUGCCAGGGGUCAGCAGGAGUCCGAGGCGAGAGAAACCCUUGCAGAGCCCAGCGCAGAGACUGCGACGUCUGUCCUCGAAAUCGCCGUUCAGAUUAAGCAAGAGGAAGAGCCAAUUGCGGAGGAGCAGCAGGCUGCAGGAGGAGGAGAAGCCCCUACAGAGCUCAUGGCAGUGGCUGGCUGGCUCCCCAGCCAUGAAAAGAACAAGGAGCAAGAGUCACAAGAGCUGGAGGCACACUGGGCCUCGGCCCAGAGACCGGAAGAGAAUAUUGACCAGAGCGCCGAGCCCAGCCCGCCUCAGUACGCGCACCUGCCCGAGAAGCCCCUGCAGCUGGAGAGAGACUUCAGCCCCGUGAAAGCCAGUCCCAGGCCCCAGGGGGCCCUCACACCGGAGCGGCCCUUCCUCUGCCCCGAGUGUGGGACGUGCUUCCAGCGCCGGGAGCACUUUGUGCAGCACCAGCGCACCCACACGGGCGAGCGCCCCUUCCAGUGCACCGAGUGCGGCAAGACCUUCGCCUCCCAGGCCAACCUGAUGCGCCACCACCUGACCCACACGGGCGAGCGCCCCUACCAGUGCGACGUCUGCCAGAAGCGCUUCACCCAGUCCUCCAACCUGCAGCAGCACCGGCUGCUUCACUCGGGUGCCGGCCCCUUCCCUUGCCAGGACUGCGGUGCCACCUUCCCAGCCCACACCGGUGAGAAGCCCUACCCUUGCCCGGAGUGCGAGAAACGCUUCCCCCGCCUCUCCACGCUGGUGGAGCACCGGCGCACCCACACCGGUGAGAAGCCCUACAAGUGCACCCAGUGCGAGAAGAGCUUCACGCGCCUCACCAACCUGACGGUGCACCAGAGCACCCACGCCGGCGAGCGGGCCUUCAAGUGCACCCAGUGCGGCAAGAGCUUCGCCCAGAAGCCCUACUUCCUCAAGCACCUUCUUCGCACCGCGGCGGCAACGGGCUCCGUGGUGCGGGAACGGUGCAGCGUGAGCUGCUGUAACAAGGACAGUUCCUGCCACCAAUGA